GCGUACUCUAAUUGGGAUACUUUGGCAGGACCACACAUUAAGUACUGACAACAUACAAGAUGCAGAAGCAUUGACAACUCCUGCCCCGCCGUGCAACCUGUUCAGCUUUCCUGCAGGUGCUGUUAUCUCUCCAUCUUUGGCGACGGGACAGCAGAGCUUUGAUUUCCACGUACGACAGCGACGCGUUUCUUGGAAGCCCUUAAUAAAUCCCUGCCAAUUCUCCCUUGCAGGAUGUGUGACAGAAAUGGUGGGAGGAGACUCCGGCAGUGGCUGAUUGAACAGAUUGACAGCGGGAUGUACUCCGGGCUGAUCUGGGAGAACGAAGAGAAAAACAUGUUUCGUAUCCCCUGGAAACACGCCGGGAAACAGGAUUACAACCAGGAGGUGGAUGCCUCUAUCUUCAAGGCGUGGGCCGUUUUCAAAGGGAAGUAUAAAGAAGGUGACAAAGCGGAGCCCGCCACUUGGAAGACCAGGCUCCGCUGUGCUUUGAACAAGAGCCCAGACUUCGAGGAGGUGACGGACAGGUCCCAGCUGGAUAUCUCGGAGCCGUACAAAGUGUACCGCAUCGUCUCGGAGGAAGAACAGAAAUGCAAAAUUGGCAUGGCGAAUGGGAACAGCUUGAACGAAGUCAAUGACAUGGACUGCAGUCCCUCCACAAUAGUAGAUGACCUAAUGAAAGAGUCCUCGUGUGUAGACGAAUACCUGGGAAUAAUAAAGAGAAGCCCAUCCCCACCUCAAGAAAGUUGCCGAAACCCUCCCAUACCAGACUGGUGGAUCCAGCCAUCUAAUCCCUCAGCUGUGCCCUUGAUGAACGGGUACUCAAACUAUGAGCAGCUUCAGGGUCAUUCAGGCUACUGUCAGAUGAUGAUCAGCUUCUACUAUGGUGGGAAGCUGGUUGGCCACACCACAACCUCCUACCCCGAAGGCUGCCGGAUUUCCCUCAGCCAGCCCCCGACUCACAGCGAGAAGGUCUGCACUGACAGCCUGGAGCACAUCCGGUUCCCUUCUGCUGACACCAUCCCCAAUGACCGCCAGAAGCAGAUCACGAAGAAGCUCUUUGGGCACUUGGAACGGGGCGUCCUCUUGCACAGCAACAAGCAGGGCAUCUUCAUCAAGAGGCUGUGCCAGGGCCGGGUCUUUUGGAGUGGGAACACCCUGGUCUUCAAGGACAGGCCCAACAAGCUGGGAAGGGAUGAGGUGGUUAAGAUAUUUGACACCAACCAGUUCAUCCGAGAGCUGCAGCAGUUCUACAGCAGUCAAGGCCGCUUCCCUGACAGCAAAGUCACACUGUGCUUUGGCGAAGAGUUCCCGGAUGCAGUGCCCCUGCGCUGUAAACUCAUCCUCGUGCAGGUGGAACAGGUGUUUGUUAGGCAGCUGGUGGAAGAAGGAGGAAGAUCUUACAGCAGCAGCCCGAUGUUUCCAGCCACUGACGAGAUGCAGCCCGAGCAAAUGUUCCGGAUCAUCCAAGAUAUCUGUGGGCCGCAUCAAAGGCCGCUCUUCCGAGAAAGUCAACAAAUCGCUGUCUGAGCAGUUUUGGGUUUUUUGUUUUGUUUUUUUUAAGUGUCAGGGUUAGAAUAAGUCCUUUCUGGUCCUGGCACUGACUAAUCUUUGGAAAGCUUUCCAACUGUGCAUCAAGAAGCCCAGAGACAUUCAUUGUGUACUUUUAUUUUUUAUUUUUUGAUGCUGUUCAUGGCCGAGAUGUUCCAAUAAACCCAGCGAUUUCAAAAGGUUCAUUUAUUAGCAAAUGGGCUAGGUGAGACCCGUCCAUUCUGGAGAGGUUUGCCUGCUGAUCCUUGGCUUUUGCGCACACAACUGUGUGCUUUUUAUACUGUGCUUUGUCGGCAUCCAGGAUCAGCAGAAGGCGGGACCUUGGAUUUCUUCAGAAUGAGUAGAAAUCACAGUACUGCUGGGACUUUCCGGUCACCUUUUGGCACCCCACACAUCUAGCAGUAGAUCUUAGCUUUGUUAGGAUCAGCUGAGCUAGGAUGGUUUGCAUCUGCUGAGGUUCUGCCCCUCUCUUU